UAAACAACACGUGAUGCCCUACCGGAAAAGACCGGAAGUUGCUUAGAAAGAAGGAUCGAGUCGACUUGUCUCGUCUCCGAGCGUCCAAACGUGUCGUUCUUUGGGUAUUUUCUACGCUUCGACGGCGGGUGGCUACCGGACGCUUGUGUUACUUCCUGUCCGAGCGCGCCCGUCUUCCGGCCGGCGGCUGCAGCCAUCAGCCAUGGCGGCCACGGGCUCCGCGACUCAUGUCGGCGAUGUGGAAGAAGACGCUUCACAACUGCUUUUUCCUAAAGAGUUUGAGAAUUCGGAGACGCUGCUCAACUCGGAGGUGCGCAUGUUGCUGGAGCAUCGCAAGCAGCAGAACGAGAGCGCCGAGGACGAGCAGGAACUGUCCGAGGUCUUCAUGAAGACCCUCAACUACACGGUCCGCUUCAGCCGCUUCAAGAACCGAGAGACCAUCACGGCGGUGCGCAGCCUCCUGCUGCAGAAGAAGCUGCACAAGUUCGAGCUGGCCAGUCUGGCCAACCUGUGUCCUGAGGCCGCCGAGGAGGCCAAGGCCCUCAUCCCCAGUCUGGAGGGGCGCUUCGAGGACGAGGAACUUCAGCAAAUUCUGGACGACAUCCAGACCAAGAGAAGCUUCCAGUACUAGAAAGGUGCUGCAGGAUCACGUGAUCCAUGACGUCACGGGAGGAUCUCAGAUUACCUGGGGAGGAUCUCAGGAUCAUGUGAUCCAUGACGUCACGGGAGGAUCUCAGAUUACCUGGGGAGGAUCUCAGGAUCAUGUGAUCCAUGACAUCACGGGAGGAUCUCAGUAGAAACUCUUUUUUUUUUGUCCACACUUAGAUUUUGUGCUCUUGACAAUGUUUCUUUUUCGGAAAACAAUAAAACAUUUUUGUAUCUUCUAAAA